AAAAUAUGGUCGAAUGAGAUUAGAUUUACAUACUAUACUACCCACUAUUUGUUUUGAUUUCAGAAGCAGUGCGGUAAAACCUUCAUUAUUGUACUUUUACUUUAUAACUUAAUACUUAACAGAACUGUUGAUGCGGAAUGAAUGAAUAAUUGCACGAUAGGCCUACAUCGGCGGGGUUAUAUAACACCAUUUUCAAUGCAGUACUUGGAAUGCCACAAAAAGUAAGCAUUGAAGUAGUUUGAAACUUUCUGUAACAGAUUUUUUUUUGGGGGGGGUGAAUUAAAGGAGAAAGGUAGUGGGCGACACGACAAUGGACCCGCUGGAUUUCCUGGAGACAGAGGAACUGCUGCAGGUUUUUCACUGUCACAAAACAGAAAUGUCCUGCUAUGAGAGUCCGACCGUCUUCAUAAACCAGCUCAGGGAUCAUAACCUGAUACCGGAAGACAGCUACAAGAAGUUAACUCGCAUGAAGAGCAAAGAUAGAAUAAAACAAGCGCUCUAUGAUCUUCUCAGCUGGUUGGAGAAAAAUCAAUCCCAGCACAUUAAAGUCUUCUGGAGUUGCGUCUUCAAGGAGACCAUCAUGAACCAGUAUCCUCAGCUUCGAUUACUUCGCAACAGCCUCCUGGACGGAUCCUUCCGUGAUUACAAACAACUGCCUGAGAAAAUGGAAAAGGAAGAGUCAGCCGAAGGGAAAAGGAAGGAAAUGUCAGAAGAUGAGGAGGAAGAGGAGACCAAAGCAAAUUCAGUAAAAAAGAAGAAGAAACGGAGAAAGAUUGUGCUUGACGAGGGGGAGGAGCCGUCUGUUUCAUCAUGUAAGCUAACCCCAAUUCAAAGGAAGAAAUCCAAGAAAGUAGUCUUCUCUUCUCCCCUGAAGAGGGGCGAGAAAGGCGAGAUUUGGACCUGGCCCAUCAAUAAGUUUCAGAUACCUGUGACCUGUGGAAAGAAGGAGGGGAUGCUGAACAGAGACAGACUGGCGAAAGGGGAGAAGUGCAUUGCAGUCGGCAGAGAGUGGUUCACCCCCCCUCAGUUUGAGAGCUUUGCAGGGAAGGAGAACUGUAGGAACUGGAAGACGAGCAUUCGAUGUGAGAAUGUAUGCCUUGGAAAACUUAUAAAGGAAGGUCACCUGAACUCAGCGGGCUUCAUAGUCAGGAGAAAAACGGCAAAGAGGUUGCUAUCGCCAUCUGAUUUAAUCACAGCGUGUGAAGAUGAGGAUGAAGAUGAGGAGGAAGAUGAGGAGGAAGAGCAGGGUUCUUCAAGUCGAAAAGCAAAUGUCUCAGGUGCUGUUUUCUACAAAGGGGGAGCUGGGGAUGAAGUAAAUUAUGUUAUUAUAACAGAAAUGAAUAGAUUUGUAUCCCAAAAGGUGUUCAACGUUACAUGUGGGACUAAAGCUGCCACCUUACAUGUGAAACGAUUUGCAUCAGGGGAUUGUGGGAAAAGUAUUCGGACUGAGACAAGCUGGAUGACCCCGUUGGAGUUUGUUACGUGGGCAUCACAUCAGACAGAUCCCUCGUGGAGGAGAGACAUCAUGUGGGAGGGAAACCCGCUCUGUGUCCUCACAGAGGAAAGAAUCUUGCAAACGCACUCACUGAAUUGUUCCUGCGAACUGUGCAUGCCAGGGUUAAAAGACUUGGAGAAUCAGAAGAACGAUGACGAGUGUUUCAUCUGUAAAAGAGAAGGAGAAGAGUUGGUGGUGUGUGAUAUAUGCCCUCUCUCUUUCCAUCAGAAAUGUCACCUCCCUCCUGUCGACAUCAUUUUAGGGGACAAAAGCCGCUGGAUGUGUACCUUCUGUGAAUUCAGAACAGCUCAGAAGUGGAUGUUCAGGGAAGAAAUGGAAAGGGAAGCAGCAAUGUCCGAACAGAUAUCACAACACAUGAAGAGGUGCCAGUACCUUCUCCUGUAUCUGUGCAGUGCUGAUAAGGAACAACAUUUUGCUACAAAUCCAAGCCUCUAUUUGAAAGACUACUCCACCAUCAUCCAAAUGCCCAUGUGGACUGGAAAAGUGACUGACAAACUCCAGAACAACCUCUACCAAACUGUUGGGGAGUUUGUGUCUGACGUUCAGCUCAUAUUUACCAACAGUGCUUUUUACAACCUAGAGAAUGAUGGAUUCCUAACCAUGAGCAACAAACUGAAGGAGUUAUUUGACAGUGAACUCAAGAAGGUGUUCAACAUACGUGAAGAGAGUAAUGACUGAUGAACGGUGUUUAGUUCACACACUCAGGUACUGGGAGAAAAAUAGAUCAUUAUUGUGGGUUACAGCCUUGAUGUAUUUUUAGUUUUUUAAUUAAAUCUCAAUUUACAAAGAGAUAAGUUACAGGCCUUUAACUGAAAUGGUUUUGGACUAAAAUAAGAAUUUUUAAGACCUUAAGACCUGGCAUAAACUUUGUUGCAGGCAAGGCAGGAGCCCUGACCAUGGGGCGCACUCACACUUGUCCCAUACCGUGCUUAAGCACACACACUGCUCCAGGACUAACCAGGCUUAAGCACGGUUAUCUCUUGUACAUAACAUCACAAUAACACAUGCAGAAGUGUGCUUAGUUUACAAGACAGAUAAAUAAUAAAUAAAAGGGACGCACGGUCAAGUCCCCAAGUCAUCACAGUUACACACUCAAAUACGAGCCGACACAAAAGAUAUUAAGCUUUAAGAAAAUGAAAGGUCCGGUUACACCUUAAAAUCAAGGCGAUAAUUUAUGAUUGGAUAGUUAUUCAUAAUGAAUGAAUUUAAAUAUAAACCAUCAUGCAGCUUUUGCUUUUCAGAUAUAAGAUUUGUGAGGAAAAUAAACUUCCUUUGUCAAAAAAGCAAAACAGUGUAAUCAUGCAAAUAUGAAUGUGGAGUCAGUAUAUUCAUCUUUCCUGUUACCUUGGGUGAUAUUGACAAUCUCAAAUGCAUCUUUCAUUUAAAGCAUGAAAACUUUUUUACAAUGAGGAAAAACUUUUUAUGAUACAUGAUGUGUUUGCCUAUUUUCAUUUGUUUCUUCCUAUGUUCUGUUUUAUUAUUGUUAUUUCCAUGUUUUCUAAUAAUUGUUAACAUUUUUUUAAAUUUUGACUUGAGUGCACUUUUGACAAAACAAGACGGGUUCACAAGACUUUGGCAUUAUUGCUUUUAAUGUUGUGUGUGGAAAAAUAAAGUUGUGACCUGUCUGAACCUCAAAGGAAA